CUUGGAAAAGAUGCAGAUGUGAAUGCAAUAACUCAGGAAGGUUUAACACCAUUACACUUGGCUGCAUAUACUGGUCAUAAAGAGGUGGUGGAAUCAUUGCUUGGAAAAGGUGCUGCUGUUGAUGCAAAGGAAGAAGACAAGUGGACCCCAUUACACUUUGCUGCACAGAAUGGCCAUAAAGAGGUGGUGGAAGCAUUGCUUGAAUAUGGUGCUGCUGUUGAUGCAAGGGAAGAAAGAAACUCAACCCCAUUACACAUUGCUGCACAAAAUGGUCAUAAAGAGGUGGUAGAAGCAUUGCUUGGAAAAGGUGCUGCUGUUGAUGCAAGGGAAGAAGACAAGUGGACCCCAUUACACAUUGCUGCAAAAAAUGGUCAUAAAGAGGUGGUGGAAGCAUUGCUUGGAAAAGGUGCUGCAGUUGAUUCAAGGGAAAAUAGAAAAUGGACCCCAUUGCACAUAGCUGCAAAAAAUGGUCAUAAAGAGGUGGUGGAAGCAUUGCUUGGAAAAGAUGCAGAUGUGAAUGCAAUAACUCAGGAAGGUUUAACACCAUUACACUUGGCUGCAUAUACUGGUCAUAAAGAGGUGGUGGAAACACUCCUUGGAAAAGGUGCAGAUGUCAAAGCAACCACUCCCACAGGGUCAACCUCAUUACACUUGGCUGCACAAAAAGGUCAUAAAGAGGUGGUGGAAGCAUUGCUUGGAUAUGGUGCUGCUGUUGAUGCAAGAGAAGAAGACAACUGGACCCCAUUACACUUGGCUGCAUAUAAAGGUCAUAAAGAGGUGGUGGAAGCAUUGCUUGGAAAAGGUGCUGAAGUUGAUGCAAGGAAUGAUAAAAACUGGACCCCAGCACAUGUUGCUGCACAAUAUGGUCAUGAAGAGGUGGUGGAAGCAUUGCUUGGAAAAGGUGCUGCAGUUGAUGCAAGGGGGGAGAAGAACUACACCCCAUUGCACCUUGCUGCGCAAUAUGGUCAUAAAGAGGUGGUGGAAGCAUUGCUUGGAAAAGGUGCUGCAGUUGAUUUGAGGGAAAAUGGAAAGUUGACCCCAUUACACCUUGCUGCACAAAAUGGUCAUAAAGAGGUGGUGGAAGCAUUGCUUGGAAAAGAUGCAGAUGUGAAUGCAAUAACUCAGGAAGGUUUAACACCAUUACACUUGGCUGCAUAUACUGGUCAUAAAGAGGUGGUGGAAUCAUUGCUUGGAAAAGGUGCUGCUGUUGAUGCAGAGGAAGAAGACAAGUGGACCCCAUUACACUUUGCUGCACAAAAUGGUCAUAAAGAGGUGGUGGAUGUGUUGGUUGGUAAAGGAGCAGAUGUCAAGGCCAAAACUCAAAAUGGGGCAACUCCAUUACGAUUGGCAGCAAGAAAUCGUCAUAAGAAGGUGGUGGAAGCAUUGCUUGGAUAUGUUGCUGCUGUUGAUGCAAGGGAAUAA